AGUGAAGAACCUUGUCCUCAGAGUUUAAAUAACUUUUUCCUCAAAGUGAGAAACCUUGUCUUCAGAUUGAAGAACCUUGUCCUCAGAGUGAGGAACCUUGUCUUCAGAGUGAGGGACCUUGUUCGAAGAGUUAAGAACCUUGUCCUCAGUGUGAAGAACCCUGUCCUCAGAGUGAAGAACCUUGCUCUCAAAGUGAGGAACCUUUUCCACAGUGUGAGGGAACCUUGUCCUCAGAUUGAAGAACCUUGUCCUCAGUGUGAGGAACCUUGUCCUCAGAGUGAAGAACCUUCUCCUCGGAGUGAAGAACCUUGUCCUUAG